AUGUCAAAAGCAGUAUUGGCUGCUCUUGAAAAUUAUCAUUGUGGACGUGAUCUUAUAUGUCUUUCAUCUAUUUUAAGCGUUUUAAAUACAACAAAUGUUUUAAAAAGUUUACCACAGAAUAUGAAAAGUUCGGGUGGUGAUUUUAUGACAUUGUUGAAUAUUAUGAAUGAUGUUCUAUUAGUCAAACAAUCUGUUCCAACAGAUCAAUUUGAUUUAGAUCGCUUUUGUAAAACUACAGGAUUAGACUGCAUUAGACAUAUUAUUAAACAAGCAUUGGAUCGUUACACAAGUCUCGAAAAAGCAUUUCAUUCGUCAAGCAAUUAUCGUCAAGAAGCCCAAAUACGAUCUGGAAAUUGGAAAUAUGUAGCAAAAUCAUUGUUAGCUGGCUAUUCGGAUAAUGUAUUUGUCUCCAUGAAAGAUUUGCAGGAAAAAACUCAUCAAUACGGCAGAUACAAGGACACAACUGAUCUAGCUAUCUUAGACCUUCAAUCAACUCUGGUACGCCCUAUAAGUGAAGCCCCUGUAUCUAUUGUUUUAGCAAGAGAUGUCCGUUAUUCGACAGCUGUUCGUUCAACAGCGAUAUUAUCAUUUAUUGGCGAAAUUAAACCUUCAUGGAUUGAAUGUCCAACAAAACGAAACAUUAAAAUUAGUGACGAGGAAUUAACUCAUCUGCAUAGUGUUCUACCACGUCUUCUACACCCUAAAAUGCGCAAACAGUAUCCCGACAUCGAAAAGCGUAUUGCCUGUAUAACGGAUAGUAAACGAACGAUGGUCGAUGUCUAUAACAGUAUUAAAGGUCGAGGUGCAACACGUGAAACACGCAUGGAAGCUGUAGCUUGGAUAGCUGUUUGUAAAUUUCAUUGUAAAUUAGAAGGCGGUUUUGUUCGAGACUGGGUCAUUGGCCAUUAUCGAGAACCACAACAACGUACAAACAAUCCAAAAAGUUGGAUUCAAUAUAGAACAACUCCAAAGGGUCAACGGAUUCCAUACAUGAAUAGAGAUAUCGUGCCAGCGGAUUUAGAUUGUCAUUUACCUUUGGAUCGCUAUUUUGAUAUUGAUAAAUUUCUGGAUGAAUUAUACAAAUUUGAUCUUACAUGUGAAGUAAUACGAGAAGAUUGGAGAUAUGUUUUACUGAUAGACGAAAAUGCACCAACCGGUCCAUUUACAAUGGAUCUCAUUGAACCACAUGUCGCAUUGACGCAUGAUCGUAUCGAUCUCGAUGUUAGUAAUCUUUCAUUAGAAAAAGAUUAUCCACAUGAAAUAGGAAUGCGUAUUGAUAUAACACAAUCACCAUAUUCAAUCGAACUUGAAACCAUCGUCCAAAAUAUACAGUAG